CAACUUUCCAACCGUGGCAACCUAAUCCCACAAAUAUAACCGCGGCAUAAAAAAGUCCUAAUACUAAAAAAUUCCCUUCCGCCAAAAUUUUGUGAACCCCGCGCGUGUUUAGAGUUUUGGCACAACUAAAGGAUUAAUUUUCAUUAAAAAAACCUUAAAACUAAUUAAAAAAUAGAAACCCCCAAACCCCUAACACUACUACACAGUACGUACUAUCAGAGAAAGGAUUUUGAACCCUAACUUUCUCCUUGGCUGAACAUCGUAACCCUCCUCAUCUCGGCGACCUCCUCUCUCCGCCGGCGACGGCUUGUACGACCCUCCUCUCUACGCUGCUUAGAACUUUGAGCAGAGGUAUCCACAUCUUUUUCAACCACUGACCGAGAGCAAGGAGCAAGAAGAUUAAGAGAAGGGAACCAGUAGCAUCAAGCAAAAAUCAGUUUUCUUCAACUGGAAGGUUUAGUUUGGGAGUACAAGGGAGAUCAAACAAAAUUAAGUUUAAUUACUCCAACAAAUCUUGAGGGAUUAAAAAAUGAAGGACAAAGAGUGGACCAAACUUCCAAGGUUUUGUCCAGAGUAUAUCAUGGGCGUUCGUCGAUUUUUAGACUUUGCCUACACUAAAGGAAGACCUCAAGGAGAUGAGAUUUUAUGUCCUUGUGCCAAGUGUAGAAAUCACUGUUGGACAAAAAGAAAUGUGAUAUUGGAUCAUUUGGUAGCUAACGGCUUUCUAAAGGGAUAUGAUGUUUGGGUCCACCAUGGGGAGCAAAUAGAAAGGCCAAUGGAAGUUGAUGAUAUUAUUGCAGAUCAAGAGGACUCACAUGACGACAUUGGUGGCUUGUUGCACGACACAUUUCGAAAUGUGGUAGAAGCAGAAGUUAGUGAGGGUCCUAAUGAGGAUGCUAGAAAGUUCUUCAACUUGGUUAAUGAGGCAAAGCAGGAGCUAUACCCAGGGUGCAAGGACUUCUCCACCUUGUCAUUCAUGAUUCGACUGUAUUUGUUGAAGUGUCUUCAUGGGUGGAGCAAUGCCUCAUUCACCGCCCUCUUAGAACUAUUGAAAGAAGCGAUGCCUAAUUUAAACAUUCCUUCAUCUUUUAACAAGGCAAAGUCCAUGAUUAAGGAUUUGGGCCUUGAUUAUAAAAAAAUUGAUGCAUGUCCGAAUGAUUGCAUGUUAUAUUGGAAAGAGCAUGCCAAUGACAACUUUUGUUGUGUUUGUGGAGAUUCACGGUGGAAGGAAGUUUCCCAAGCAGAUUGUGGGUCCGAGCAAACAAAAGAUGAUUAUAAAGUUCCUGCAAAAAUUUUGAGACAUUUUCUGUUGAUUCCUAGACUUCAAAGGUUGUUUAUGUGUUCAACGACAGCCGAGUCAAUGAGAUGGCAUGAAGAGGAGCGCUCAAAGGAUGGGAAAUUGAGACAUCCUGCUGAUGGUCAAGCAUGGAAGGACUUUGAUCAGCAUCAUCUUGAUUUUGCUUCAGAGCCUCGCAAUGUAAGACUUGGCUUAACCAGUGAUGGAUUCAAUACUAUGAGCAUAGCUCACAGUACGUGGCCUGUCAUGAUGAUGGUAUACAACACUCCACCUUGGCUCUCUAUGAAAUCUGAGUAUACAAUGCUUUCAUUAUUGAUUCCUGGACCAAAAUCACCAGGAAAUGAUAUUGAUGUAUACCUUCAGCCACUGAUAGAAGAGCUAAAGGAAUUGUGGGAGUAUGGAGUGCAGACAUAUGAUUCCUCAAAAAAUGAAACAUUUCAAAUGCGUGCAGCUCUUUUGUGGACAAUCAGUGAUUAUCCUGGAGAUGAUGAGAAGUCCUUUAAUGGAGAAAAAGAACUUAGGACUCCACCACCCAAGCUAGAAGGUGAAGAAAUCCAAGAAAUCUUAAAAAAAUUCCCAAAUGAGUUCGGGAAAAAGAAAAAGAAGAAAGUUGAUGGCCCGUGGAAGAAGAGGUCGAUAUUUUUUGAGUUGCCUUAUUGGGCUCAAAAUACAUUACGUCAUAAUCUAGAUGUAAUGCAUAUUGAAAAAAACAUUUGUGAUAGUAUUCUUGGGACUCUUUUGGACAUUCCAGGGAAGACAAAGGAUCAUGUUAAUGCUCGUUACGAUCUACAAGAUAUGGGAAUUAGAAAAGAACUACAUCCAAGGGAGAUUGGUGGAGGUCGUUCAGAGUUUACAAAAGCAUGUUUUUCAAUGACUUCGGAAGAAAAGUCCAUUUUCUGUGGAGUUAUAAAGGCUGCUAAAUUACCAGAUGGGAGUGCAUCAAAUAUUUCGAAGUGUGUGCACAUUGUUGAUAAGAAAAUAUCUGGUUACAAGAGUCAUGAUGCACAUUUCAUGUUGCAUUACUUGUUGCAAAUAGCAGUAAGAAGCACAAUGCCGAAUGCGGUGGCCACACCUCUAAUUCGUCUUGGUUCCUUUUUCCGUGCUAUAUGUCAGAAAGUUAUCCAAGUGCAAGAUUUGGAUUACUUAGAAGCGGAGAUUGUAGAGGUGCUUUGUCAGUUGGAGAUGAUUUUUCCUCCUAGUUUCUUUGACAUAAUGGUUCACUUACCUAUGCAUUUGGUUAAUGAAGUCAGAUACGGUGGUCCCGUUCAAUUUAGAUGGAUGUACCCCACGGAAAGGUACUUGUGUAAACCUAAGACAUAUGUUCGUAAUAGAGCUUAUCCAGAAGGUUCUAUUGCCGAGGGGUAUUUGGCUGAAGAAGUUUUAACUUUUUGCUCAAGAUAUUUAAAUAAAAGUGUAGAGACAAGGUUGAACAAGAAGGGUCGAAAUUAUGAUAAUAGUGAUUCAUGUGAAGUAGAUUUUGAUGAUUACUUUUCAAGUAUUGGUCGUCCUUUAGGAGGGGCAGGUAAACCAUUUUCUCUAGAUUUAAGAACGAAGGCUGAUGCACAUCGAUAUCUCUUAUUCAACUGCGAUGAAGUUCAAAAUUACAUCAGCAUUUUAGAAUUUCAUAAUGAACUUAAAAGAUACACCAACCAAAUUAGUAUGACAAUUAGCAUAUAG